ACGGUCUGCAAGAAACCCGUGCUCAAUUUAAAAUCAUCUUUAUGUGUUUGUUCUUAAAAGAACUAAAAACAAAUGAAAAUCAAUGCAUCAAUGCAAAAGCUACAGUUGUUACUGACUAUCGUGACGGAAUUUUAAUGCGCAGAUUUUUUCGUCCCACCUUAAUAUUUAUCUGCGAUCUGAUGCACAUAGCCACACUCAAAACAAUUCAAAUACACAGCGUUGUUAAUUGGAAUGAUCGGCACUGCAGUCAAAUAUUGUAGCUUGUUUAUUCAUUUGAAUGUCGUCUAAAUGCACCGUAUAGCUGCCUGAUGACUAAAAUGAACGGGGCACAUCCUAAAAAAUGCACGACUGUAUCCUUUGAUUGACUUCAGUAACUUUAGUUGCGUCCACGAAGACAGAGAGUUUCAAGGGGAUGGAGGGGGAGAACGUGUUGGCGACAGAAAGGUACGGCUCCCUGGGAAGAUGGAGCUAUCGGCGGAAGAAUGGAGCAAUGGAGAGAAAAAGAGAAGGGGGCGACAGCAGAUUGACAAGAAGCUCUUUUCUUGGGGUGUUGAAAAGUGUGUUCCUGCCACAGGGGUAUCCUGAGAGCGUGAGUGAAGAUUACCUGCAGUACCAGUUCUGGGACACAGUGCAGGCUUUCUGCAGUUCUCUCUCAGGCACUCUCUCCACUCAGGCUUCUCUUCGGGGUGUCGGGGUCGGGAAUCAGGAGGCUACAGUUGCUGCUGCCACGGUUACCUGGUUGCUAAGAGAUGGCACUGGGAUGCUGGGUAGGAUUCUCUUUGCUUGGGUUAAGGGGAGUAAACUCGACUGCGAUGCCAAGAAAUGGAGGCUGGUGGCCGACGUUCUCAAUGAUAUCGCAAUGUUCAUGGAAAUUGUCGCGCCAAACUUCCCAGCAUGCUUCACUCUCAUUGUCUGCACAGCUGGAGUCUUUAAGUCAAUCGUUGGGGUGGCAGGCGGAGCCACGAGAGCCGCCCUCACCGUCCAUCAGGCGCGCAGAGACAACAUGGCCGACGUCUCCGCUAAAGACGGCAGCCAGGAGACUCUGGUGAAUCUGGCUGGAUUGCUGGUCAGCUUGCUGCUGAUUCCCCUGGUGACUGACAGCACCCUCUUGACUUUUAGCCUCUUCUUCUUCUUCACCGUCCUCCACCUCCUGGCCAACUACAGGGCGGUUCGCUCGGUCGUCAUGGAAACGCUCAACGAGUCUCGGCUCUCCGUCCUGCUCCAGCAGCACCUGCGGGACGGGCGGGUUCUAAGCCCCUCAGAAGCCAAUCAGAGAGAGCCUGUGUUCCUGGAGUUCAAGCGGAGGGUCUCCCUUAAGCUUGGUGUGAGACUGGGAGAUGUAGUCUCCAGCCUGGAGGAACUCCAGCUGGCUUUGACGCACAAUGACAAGCCCUAUCUGAUUGGAGUCAAGCCUGACAGGGUGUGUGUGUGUCUGGGCGAGGACGUGUCAGUAACUGAUGAAAUACAGGCGGCCUGUCAGGCCCUGUGCUUGACCACAGUGCUGCUCUCCCGGCCGUCCCAGGGUCCCCUGGGAACUCUCACCGCUGCUCACACGCAAGGCCCCUGGGAACUGCUGGCUGAGAGUCACAAACUCAUUGAUAAGAUUUUCCCGCCAUUCCUGGAAGGCCUGAAGGCCAGUGGCUGGCAGGUGAAUCGCACGCUGCUGGACUGGGACGAGUGGCGGGUGGACUUGAAGAAGAAAAGGGAGUGACGGGCGGACAGAGAGGGAGAGACCGAACCCGAACAGCGGUCUGCGUCCUCACGCCGUCUGCAGAGAACCAGGUCGUUAGCGUCAGUGUGGUCACCUGAGCUGGCAAGAUGGACUAAAGAGGGACACGCAGUGACUCACUCAGCGAACACAGAGAUUUAUCGCUGGGGGAUUACGAACCAGGUAAAACCUGUUUGGAUGAACUACUGUAAGGAAUGUACCAAAUAAACCUUUUCCCCUUUUAAAAUG